CACUCAAUUCCUCCAUUGACGAACGAAGAACAGAAGCAAAAUGGGGAAACGAUUGAAGAGAACCUAUCCUAUUCGCUCUUGCAUUUCUCCGCGUUCUUCUUUAUGUCGCUCUCCGCGUGCUUCUUUCCCUUGGUAUGAGGAUGAUGUAUGGACGGAGAUAGCCAAGUAUCUAGAUGGAAAGUCGCUAGUGAUGCUUUCAACUACUUGCAAAUGGUUCAAUGAGACUCUUAGUGAAGAUUGUAUAUGGAAAUUUGCCUUCUUACGCGAUCUUGGGGUACCUGAUCCAGGAAAUGUGUCCUUUAAAUGGAAGAAACUUUAUGCUUCAGCUAUUGAUGGGAGCCAUUCUUACUUAUUUCGACAGCAAGAGAAACACAUAGAUUGGAUUCGGAUUGGUACGUUUUCUUUAGAAUCAUCAGCAGCAAUAUUGACAGAGAAGCUUAUUAGUCCUCCAAAUAGGAAAAUCCUUCAGGGGAAGAAUUUUGAAGAGAUGCUUAAAUCCCAAGGCUUCUGUGUGCUCACAAAUAUCAAAACUGGAAUCUGGAUUGCUGAUUUGCAGCUAGUUCGUUGUCCUGUCUGUGACCUUAAUACUUGUGAUGGGACUAUGCAGUCACUAGAUGCACGCCAUUUUGAGCUCUUCAUGAAUGAGGGUUACCAGGAUGGAAGCUGGGAAUACUCACAAAUUUGUUCACAUGAAAUCAAGAAACAUGUGGAUGGAGCUUCUGGUGCCAUAUUUGACAUGAAACACCUGACAGAUCCUUCCACAGCGAAGGUUUUUGACACAAAAUCAUGGAUCGGAAAACAAAAUGACUGGCAACCAAAGGCUAAACUCGCGCUUCAUGCUGUUGCAAUCAAUACAAAUCUUCAAAAAAAUGAUGGUGUAAAUGUCAAAUUCCAUAUAAUGAGAGCCGGAAAAGACGGUCAAAUUGUGGCGAUAAGAGUCUCUCAGCAACUCCUGUGAAUUUUUCUUCGAUUGUAUGAGCUUGGCAACAAGUGAAGUCUCUUAAAUGACCUAUUAGUCACUCAACUUUGGCAAUUGUGACUUCAUUGAGGAUAUUUGUCGAUUUAUUAACUACGAUUAUCUGGUAUCUAAGCAGCAUUGAUAUGUUUAUAGUCAAUAGGAUACAUACUGUUAUUCAUAGAGAAAUGUUGAAAUGGAAGCCCAGCAGCUGGGUUUCAGACUUUCAGAUAAAAUGAUUCAGGAGUCAGGACUAUGCUCAAUUUUUUCUUCUAUGAAAAACUACCAUACCAAAAG